AUGCCUGUAGACUUGGCAAAUUACCGAGAAAUGUGCACGGAGGAGGUACCUAGUGAAAACAUCAAGGCUGUAAUCACGGGAAUUACCGCACAGCAAUAUGGAAACGCUACAUGGUUUACAGCUCUAACACUCGACGAAGAUCUCCCGGAUAUUGAUAGCGAUUUUCUAACUAACGAUGGUUGUAGAUUGAGCAUCGGUAAUGAUGUAAUUCUCAAGGCACAAAAAGAAGAUCUGUCGAUCGGUAAAGUACGAUCAUUCAAGCUCGAGGGGCGCCGCCCAUCCAUUCAGGAUGCGAACUACCCAAUACCAAGACCCUGUUGCGGCAAUGGCAUAAACUUAAGAUUGGAAAGGACGGAUUACUACGUCGCGAAAGCGGUCCAUACACACAACUCGUUUUGCCAAGAAAAUUUCUCCCUACGGUUUACAAGAACUGCACCAGGAUAUGGGAUAUUUAGGAAUGGAGAGAGCGGUACAAUUAGCGAGAGAAAGAUUCUAUGGCCUAAUAUGGAAAGCGAAAUAACACAUUUUGUUACUAAUGUUUGCGGUUGUCUCAAACAACGUAGACCCGCUCGACCAACAUGUGCACCACUAUGUAGUAUAACAACGUGUUCCCCGUUCGAAUUGAUAUCAAUCGAUUACAUGCAUCUCGAGAAAAGUUCUGGCGGAUAUGAAUACAUAUUGGUUAUCGUCGACCAUUUCACUCGCUUUGCACAAGCAUAUCCGACUAGAAUUAAAUCGAGUACAACCGCAGCAGAGAAACUGUAUAAUGACUUCAUCCUUCGGUUUGGUUUCCCUGCUCAUAUACAACAUGAUCAAGGUCAAGAAUUUAAAAACAAUCUAUUCUAUCAGUUAGAAAAGGUCACUGGAAUUCGUCGACGUCGAACAACAACUUAUACCAUCAUCAGGCCAACGGCAAGGCUGAACGAUUCAAUCGAACGUCACUGGCAAUGUUAA